AUGUCUUCCUCUACCGCUCCCCCUCCGCAAAGCAUACCUCUGGCACAACACAUCCCAACACUAACAUUCCUCACCCUGACAGUCCUUACCUCAACCCUCAUCCACCGAGCCCAGCCAACGCCGUAUAUCGAUGAAAUCUUUCACAUCCCUCAAGCACAACUCUUUUGCUCUGCCCUACCGCACUUCUCUACAACCUCACUAGGCGGGCUAUGGGAAAGACUGAGGGAUGUGGAGUACGAUAGCAAGCUUACCACGCCUCCCGGCUUGUACGCUAUUUCGGUUGGAUUGGCGAAACUGUUGCCGGGUUGGAGAUGUGAUGAUGUGGCUUGGUUGAGGAGUACAAAUUUGGCCAUGGUGUUGACGCUGCCUGUGCUGGUGGGUAGGAUUUUGCGGCAGAAUGAAGCACAACAAGAAUCUAGUUCACCUUCGAUUCCAGCAACGCUGUUGCUUGUGGCUCCAACGAAGGCGGAAUGGGUACAGAAGAAAGCUGUUCCAAGGACAGAGAUCCAAACCUUACAGCAAAAAGCCAAGACAGAGGCUCCACCAACACCAGAUGGCUCCAACGACGACCAACCUCCUUCGGUACCAAUCCCUACAGUUGCAGUUGGGGAGAGAAGGGAGCAGCUAACUCUGCCUCUAAGGGCGAAGAGAAAAGAAGCAACACCCUACGACAUGGCUCUAGCAAGCACGAUUGCUUUCCUGCCCCCACUAUGGUUCUUUGGCUUUCUGUACUAUACAGAUGUCGCUUCGGUUUGGCUCACCCUCGCCUGUCUUACCCUCUUCAAUGACCUCGACCCGUCCAAGUCUACGGUCUCAACAUCGAUACUGUUGGUGCUAACUUCGAUACUAGCGGUGAUGGUAAGACAGACGAAUCUGGUUUGGGUCAUGUACUGUGCCGGACGGGCAACUCUCACUGCCAUUCAAACACUGCAACCGGAGAGGAACAGAGGGGACGGGGGGCUGGUGGAUGAGUUAACGAGAUUAUUCAAGACAGUAACGCGGAGAGAGUUCGGCAAGGUCGUAGGAAAGAACCUAUUCCCCCUCCUACCGAUGCUUUUCGGCUGCAUCGCGUUCAUCAGGUGGAACGGAAGCAUAGUCCUAGGAGACAAAACAAACCAUCAAGCAGGUCUACACUUGCCUCAACUAGGCUACUUUCUCCUCUUUUCCUCCUUUUUCGCCCUUUUCCCUCUCCUCCACACCUUUUAUACUCCACCCUCCUCUUCUCGCUCACUUCCAUCAACACUCGUCAAAACCUCGAUGCAGACCAUUAAAACAGUGUGGGACGCAGCUUUCGGCUCGCCAACCAAGACAGCCGUUUUCACCGUACUCUUCAGCCUCGCUUGGGCUGGAGUUGAUAACUUCACAAUCGAUCAUCCUUUUUUGCUUGCUGAUAAUCGACAUUACACGUUUUAUCUCUGGCGUAUCUUCCGUCGGCCCUUACGCCUUGGAGGGGGAACGAUGGUGUUGCAGCCGAGGUUUUUGGCUGUACCAGCGUACGUCUUCGCCUUUUACGCGUGGGGGUUGGCGUUGGGGUAUAGCGGAAACGGUGGAUUGAAGGGCGUAUUGUUGGUAGGGGCGGUGGUAGCGACGUUGGUGCCUAGUCCGUUGGUUGAGGUUCGAUAUUAUCUGAUUCCGUACAUUCUACUCAGACUUGCUAUCGAGGCGAAGGGAGGGGGGGAUGGGAGGGUGAGAUGGAUGUUUUUGGGAUUGGAAUUGGGGUUGUAUGCCUCGGUGAAUGCGGUUACGGUGGUUUUGUUUGCGGGGAGGAGUUUUGAGUGGGCUCCGGAAGCUGUUGAUGUCUUGAGAGGAGAAAGCACUAUCAUGCGAUUCAUUUGGUAA